AUGUGGCCCUUAUGGCUAAUCAUAGUGAUUGCGGUGGUGGGCGCGGCAAUUCUCACCUGUACAGGGAUCUUGCUUGCAAUCACGCUGGAGCGACGCCGACAUCGCCAUAUCAUGAGAGCCCACGGAUUGACCAGAGGUCUCAGCAAAUGUCAUGGUCCAAAGCUCAGUGCCUCCGAGCACAACUACUCUCACGUUACACAUCCGACGACAGCUUUGAGGCGAAGCGUGCAGCUCCCUUUCGGAAUCAUAUCUAUCGGGGGCGACAGUGCUAGCGAAGAUGAACAGGCGCGACUAGACGCGACGACCGGUCAUGUCGACGACUUUGUCGAAGUUCUGCGCCCUCGAGACAAAAGAAGCAUCCGACGGCCUUUUACUGGUCAGCCGCUCUAUAUUCCAAAGACGCGAAAACAGGGAAAGCUAAGGAAGGCUGUACCGUUGGAUCACAUCCAAAAAUCCCCUCUCUCGGCCAUCACCGAGUUCAGUGAUCCCUCGACAGGCGUGUCACCAAUGGUGCCCGGAUUUCCAUCAGAACCAACGGAAAUUACCACAAACGAUAAGAGUGAGGCUGAAUCAUCAUUUGAUAACUCCGCUGAAUGGCCUUUGAGAGCUGCAAGCACGAGAGCCUCCGAUAUCAUCCCCACCGAAAUCACGUCGAUAGCAGUACGAGACAGCGUUCUCAUGAGGAAAAGGGCAGCAAAAUACAGUCAGACGGCUGCUGUUCCUCGCUCAGCAAGUGCAGCCAGCAUGGCUUCUUUGCCACCCGACGAACCCUUGCCACCUUUGCCGACAAUUCAGGUCCCACGGAAUCUCAAGGCAAGAGUCUCAGAUGCCAGUUUGGACACAGUUGGUAGCUCAGUCUUGGGGGCCUUUAUGAGUUCGCCUGCGAAUAGUAAUAUGGAGCGCAACGCUUCGAAACUCGAUCCGAACAAACAUACUCCUACGAUGAGGCUGGGAUACGAGCGUAAGUUCUCGACUCCAACACUCCAAGCGCCGCCUGUGAAACAAACCAUACAUGGUCUCUGUGCUGGCCAGCCCAGCAUUCGAUCUCUUCAUCCGACUGUCGACACAGACGACCUAAGCCCGGGCAGUACCAAUAUCCUGUCAAAUCCCACACCAUACCCAACAAUCAUUGUUCAAGAGGAAUCUUUCAAGGUCAUCGAUGCGAGUGGCUGGGAUCUACCGCCACUCAAAGUUGCCAAAACAAGACUUCCGUCGGACAAGCCUAGUCGACAUUCGAUGAUAGAACAGUCGAGAGUCGCCCAAUGCCGAGCGAUCAGUGACUCUGCCACAAGCCUGCUCGCUGAUGAGGAUGUAUUUUCUGUGCUGGAGGGUCCCAAAAGACCCAAUUCGGUGGCGACCGGCAAUCCUUUGAAGUGGGAUCGACAAGGUAGCUUUGCAACGAAACGGCACUCUUUGUCUUCUUUAGAUGGAGCAAAGCGAGGUCACAAACGGCAGAAUUGCGUCCGCAUAACUAAUCUGCCCUAUCUGGAGUUGAGAUCAAAUGGCACCAUGCGUUUGCCUGAGCUCAAAGAGGAGCAGCAACAGCUAGCUCACGUCAACAGGAUCGAGGCAGAUGAAUCGUUUCAUGGCUUCGACAUCAGACAAUCUCGACCAAUAUUCCAGACUGAGCAAUCGGACGCAUGCACCAGACCAACCACGACUCCUAUACCGUCUCCCUUUCGAAACCCACCCAUACUGACACCCACACCUCGCCCCGCGAGAAGGCAGUACAUACAACGCCCCGACAGUGCACUUUCAGGCACACCCAGACCAGAUUCCGAGGUCUUCAACUCCAGCCACAUGGCUUUGCACGUAUCAAACCGUCACCACACGUCACCUCAUAAUUGGCCACUUUCGCCAUGCUCGCGACCCAGCGCUCCUUUGAGGAACACGCCACCAUCAUCCCGACAGCAUGAACGGGUUCCAUUUGAAUCUCCCACCUUGCCCUCGCCCGCGUUAAAGUCAGCCUCCCUUUAUCCUCGCAAGUCUCUUGUCAAAGGGCCACGCGACCCUCGAAAUUCGACUCCGGGAAACCAUGCGGCCUCUGCGAGUCCUCUACAGAACAAGAUUGGACCACACGACCGGAUUACUAAGGCUUGUGAUUCCAGCGAGUCGGGAGAUUUUGCGCUUCGGAAAUCAGUUAUGAUGCUACGGAGCAUGGACUCUGAGGGUCGUCUGCUCGAGCAGCGGAGUACCAAAUUGUCCAACUUUGGCGCAGCCGGAUAUGAAAGUCCUGAAAGUGUCGCGAUGCCCUCUCCGCUGAUGAAUAAACGUGUCAUGGGUCUCCGAAGUACGAGCUGUACAUCACCCAUUGCAAGCACACCUCGAUCUACAUCAUUGGAUAGACAGCAAGUCAAUCGCGGCUCCAGUCCGUUGGCUCCGUUGGGCUCGAACUCGAACAGACCUCCCCAAACAAGGGUGCCAGUACGCACCUCAUUGCAUAGCGACUUCGACCUGACACCACCACUCAUUUCCGUGUCGCCAUCCGUGAUGUCGAUUGGCGGUGGUUCAAUCUGGGAGGAUGUCAGUGUGCGCGGUGAGAGCCCCGAGCCCGAGGUUCAUGUGGCUCCGCUGGCCCUGCGGACCAAGACGGAUUACAACCAGCAACGGCAUCCAUCGGCCCCGACACUACAAAUUCGGCGUGAUGAGGAUUUCUUCAGUGCCCGGCGCAACGGACAGUACCUCAUCCCACAUGCACCUUUUGUGAGAUCUGAUGCUGAGAACUCGCAUUUGGUCCAACGACUCGAACGGUCUGUGAGCAGCGGUCAAUGGAACCACAAGGAUAGUUUCGUUCCCGAUGAUAACCCGUAUCUGAACAUAGCUCCAGUCCAGUACGAUGUAUCGGAUCAGCGAGGAACUGGUGUUUUUCAGCCUCCAAAUCGCCCCAGACAGGAGAUCGGGCUGGGCUUGCGGCUCGGGGACUCGAUGGUGAGGAGUACAUAA